AUGCAACCCCGAACGGCUCAGAAGCGGUCAGCAACGUCCAGCGCAGACGCGUCAACAUCUCAAAAAUCUUCACAUGCUCCAAAAAAGACGCGUUUCACCGAGCCUGAUGAAGACCCAGUGAAUUUUGCGGAGGAAGUCGACUCUGCACUUGAGGAUCCUUUAGCCAAGCGUAAAGGACGGGCUAAGAACGAAGGAUACGACUCGGACUCGAGUGAUGAUGGAGAGGGUGUGGUACUGAGCAGAAGAAAGAACGCAGAUGGGGAAGGGGUGGACGAUGACGACGAUAUGUUUGCAAUGGCCGACAAGGAAGAGAAGAAAGACGAGGCGCAGGGGAAGAAGAAGGAAGAAUUCUUACGCCUAGGGGACAUAGAAGGACAAGAAUUCAACGAUGGGGAAGAUUCAGAUUCGGAUGAAGAGGAUGAGCCUGAAGACGAGGACGAAAGAGAACGACGGAUGAAGGCUGGCAUGGGAUUCGAGCUAUCUUCGUUCAAUAUGCGGGAGGAGAUGGAAGAGGGCAAAUUUGCUGCUGAUGGCACAUAUGUCCGGUCAUUUGACGCACACGCCAUACACGAUCGGUGGAUGGACGAUCUAGACGACAAGGAAAUCAAGCUGGCGCGUCGGAGGAAACGACAGCAAGAACGAAUACAAAGAGAAAAGAUGAAAGCGGAGGAGAUAGAGCUUGAGCAAAGCGGUGGAAAGGGAGCUUUGGAAAUGCAGCUCGUCGGAAUGCUCAAGAAAGGAGAAACAGUACUUGAGGCACUCCAACGAUUAGGUGCAAAGGCGAAACGGAAUUCGCGUUCCACCAGGAAAGUCGAUGGAAAGGCCAAAGAUGAUACUGCUAUGGCCGUCGACAACAAGGCGGCAGAGAAACCCAAGGGUCUCAAUGAUAUUGACACGAUCACCCAUCUGGCAUCCAACCUCAUGUCGCUUGGUGACACUGACAUCUACUCUCGAUCAUAUGAAGAACUCGUCCGCGCGGUGCGUUCUAGCGGAAGGAUGGGAGCUAAUUGGAUGCCUCCAUCUGCAGACAUCACAUACGAGUACAAAUGGGACAUCUCUGGGCAAUCUACCGAGGAGACUUUCGGGCCCUUCAGUGAGGACGAAAUGAAGAUGUGGUAUACGGCUGCCUACUUCGGUGAAUCAGGAGAGAAGGUUAAAGUGAGAAAGGUCGGUGACGACUGGGGAGCCUGGGACGAUGUUAUAACAUAG